UGAUAUUAAUAAUUACAUUAUCAUCAUGUCCGUAUAAAGUGAACGGUUUUAGCAGCCAGUUUUAAUAGAAUGGAUCCAGCUGGAGUUAGUACUGUAGGCGGGAAAUCAGUUAACAAAAAGCCUGUCCAAGAAAACGACGAAUCAGAUAACCCUCUAAAUUGCUACUAUGAUCUCUUAUUUCUUGGCCUGACUGGCCAGGGUAAAACUACCACUGUGAAUAAGCUGCUCAUAGCCAACCCUUUUGGCAAAGAUUACAAGUCAAUUUAUUUGUCACUCAAAGCAGCACUGAUUGAUCCUGAAGCGCGACAAAUGGCUUUGCAAGAUCUGUGCAUGUGGUACAUCCCCAGCGACCCUGAUGCCUUGGAGAAAAUCUCAACUCGAAUGAGAAACCUAGCAUACUAUCGAACCAAACAAACUCCUCACAAGAUGAUCAAUGAGGCUCGUGUAGAUAUGCGUGUGAAUGAGCCGACUCAAAAGUGUGAACUCCUCUCCAAUGAAACCACCAAGGUACGUGUGCUCGAUGUUCCUGGAUUUUCAGCAAAAUUGGCAAGUAUGCCAAUUGAUUUUCGUGAACGUCCUUUAUUUGUGCUUAGAGCCCACCUAGGGAAUAUGAGAAGCAUUCUUCACAUCCAAACUACCAUGGCAAUGAAGUUUAAACGUAUCCUCUACUUUCUUCCCUGCCGAGAUUCUCUCCAGAAUAUUACUUCAAGUUUAGAAGAAGAGCUUCAUUUGAUGUUCCAAUACUUUGGAAGAUCGAUAUUCGAAGCAAUGGUUCUCGUAACAACUCUUGGACCAGUUUUCUACAAGAUGGUUCCAGAGGGUACGCCUUUUCCUGAAGAUGAGUUGGAGAGAAGUAGGAGUUCCUUUCAGAAAGCUCUCCGAUCUAUUCUACCUGAAAGCACUCCCAAUCCUCCUAUCAUCUUUAUCUCGAUGUGGGAAUCAUGUGAAUCGAUUCUAAAGAAAAUUCAGGAGAUAAAUGUCGAUCUAAUUGAUGGGCUUCAACUAGAGCUUAACUCCUCUAUUUGUGCCCGAUGCUCUAUGGUCAUCGGUGAACGUAAUGGAAUGAAAAUAGCUUGUACGUCUGAUCGUAACUGGGCACAAGCAAUCAUAUACGAGCAUUCCCACUGCCAUCCCAUUCUUUUACCCAAGUACACCACAUUUCAGAAGAUCACCGGUGGCUUCAGCUAUGCUGUGAAAACUGUUGUACUAUGCGAACAAUUGGACUGGCCUGAUUUCAACGUGGAAGUAUGUCUCAAUUGCAAAGGCGAACCGGGCAGCAAAGGCUGUAUGCUGGUGAAAUCGACUUUCGAUCUAGAGGGUGAGACAUUCAAGGUUGAACACACUAAUGAAAUAAAGGAAGGUACUGCAAAUCACCGCCUGUUAUUUCAAAAAUUCAUUUCCCAAUCAGAAGCAACCCCACCGUCACCUGAUGAAGAUGCAGAUGUUAGUCCCGGUGGCUAUGAAGGAGAUUAUGAAGACAAUUCAGAGAUCAGGCAGCAAAUAAUUGCAAGAGACCAAAACUUUGAGUGGACAUCAUCUUCGUAUACAUCAGAGGGACAUUUUGAGCAGCAGCGAGUCGUAGUGAGCAUUGAACCAGAGAGAGAAGAAGUUGUAAUAAGAGCUGAAGAAAGCCAAAGUAUUGCAAGAACAUGA